GUGGCCUGCUCUGGACGAAUCAGACUCUUCGUCAGCACCAACUUCAAGAGGUGAGCCACGGGGUUCAGGUCCCAGACGCGCAGGCAGCAGCAGCAGCAGCAGCAGGUGCACAGUUGAAGACCAGCGAGGCCAGAGCCAUGGAGGACCAGCGCGACCUCAUCUCCAACCAUGAACAGAUGCCCAUGCUGGGCCAGCGCCCUGGGGCCCAGGAGAGGAAGUGCAGCCGCGGGGCCCUGUACACAGGCUUUUCUGUCCUUGUGGCUCUGCUCCUGGCAGGCCAGGCCACCACCGCCUACUUCCUAUACCAGCAGCAGGACCGGCUGGACAAGCUGACGGUCACCUCGCAGAACCUGCAGCUGGAGAGCCUGCGCAUGAAGCUUCCCAAGUCUGCCAAGCCCGUGAGCCAGAUGCGGAUGGCCGCCCCCAUGAUGAUGCAGGCACUGCCCAUGAAGAGCCUGUCCCAGGGGCCUAUGCAGAAUGUCACCAAGUAUGGCAACACCACACAGGACUACGUGAUGCACCUGCUUCUGAGGUCUGACCCCCUGAAGGAGUACCCGCAGCUGAAGGGGAGCUUCCAGGAGAACCUGAAGCAGCUCAAGGGCACCAUGGACAGCUUCAACUGGAAGGUGUUUGAGAGCUGGCUGCACCAGUGGCUCCUGUUUGAAAUGAGCAAGAACUCGCUGGAGGAGAAGCCCACUGAGGCUCCAACCAAAGUACUGAGCAAGUGCCUGGAAGAGGCCAGCCACGUCCCUGAUGUCCACCCGGGCCGGUUCAAACCCCAGUGCGACGAGAACGGCAAUUACAUGCCGCUCCAGUGCCAUGGCAGCAUCGGCUACUGCUGGUGCGUCUUCCCCAACGGCACCGAGGUCCCCCACACCAGGAGCCGCGGGCACCAUAACUGCAGUGAGCCAAUGGAAAUUGAAUACCCAUCUUCAGGGCUGGACAUGGCCAGGCCAGAAAUGGGUCAAGUUUUCAUAUGAGAACUGCAGAAGCCGCCUCCAGCAUCCAGCCAGCUCCGCACGCCAGCUUCUGCUCCCCUCCACCCCCAACUGCAACCCCAGCCCCUUCCAUCUCCCACCCUGUACCUCAACCCAUGAGACUCUGGUGCCUGGCUCUCUGUCACCCUCAAGUCAGAACAGCACAGACGACACGGGUGGGCCACUGCCAUGCCCCCGUCUGCCAUGGGAUGAGCAAGAGCUGGGCAGACCUUCAUCAGUGCCUCUAGGAUCCGGACUGUGCGUGAGGUGGCAAGGCCCAGGCAGAAGGGACAGCCCUAUUCCCAGACUCCAGGAUGGACACACCGGUGUUCCACCCCUCCACUUCUGGCUUUGGCCCCAGCUUCUUGGCCUGUUCACCUGGGGGAUAAGCCACCUGCUUCCCCUUCCCCCUCACUCCCCAAGUGAGAGCCCAGUCUCUUCCUCUGCCACCCCCAAGCCCCCACCACCCUUGCACUCAGCCGUACUUGUCACAGCCCCCAGGGCCACAGCUCACACAAUAAAUGGUAGGAGGUAGA